ACCACCACCACCACCACCUCCUCCUCCAUUUCCACCACCACUAAACGCCCAAAACACGGGGAAUUCAACGACGAAGUUAACAAAAAGGCCAAGAAACCCGACGUUAUUGAUCAUGGAGAACACCCAGUCUACCGUGGCGUCAGACGGAGGAGCUGGGGCAAAUGGGUGUCGGAAAUUCGUGAACCAAAGAAAAAGUCAAGAAUAUGGCUAGGAACCUUUGACACCCCAGAGAUGGCGGCUCGAGCCCAUGACGUAGCAGCAAUCGCAAUCAAAGGUCACUCAGCCAUCCUCAACUUCCCCCAACUCGCUCAUCAGUUUCCCAAGCCGGCUUCCAAUUCCCCUAGAGACAUCCAAGCCGCGGCUCUCAAAGCGGCCACUUUAGUCCUUCGAAACCUUAAAGACGAAUCUGAGCCAAACCCUCAUGAGCCUCCAUGUUCUUCAUCUUCACCUCAAAGUAAUAUAACAGAUGACCCAUUUCUUGAUUUGCCGGAUCUCUUCAUGGAUCUGGGGAACCGGAUUUUCUACGCAUUGCCGGAGAAGAUCACCGGAACCGUCACCGGAACCGGUGAAUUCUGGCCAGAAGACAAUUUCUUAUGGAACUAUAGUUGAAGCUUUUAUGCCAAAAAAAUAAACACGAUAUUUAGAAUUAGAAAC